GGAUGUGGUGCUGGACGUGGCCCCGACGCUGAGCGGCCGCGCCGCCGUCAUGGGAACGAGCGCGAACGGCGCCGCGCUGCCCGAGCGCCUCCGCCUGCCCGUCUGCUUCCUGGGCGUCUUCGCCUGCUACUUCUACUACGGCAUCCUGCAGGAGAGCAUCACGCGGGGACGGUACGGGGAAGGCGCGAAGCAGGAGAAGUUCAAGUACGCCCUGACCCUGGUGUUCAUCCAGUGCGUGAUCAACGCCGCCUUCGCCAGGCUCCUGAUCCAUUUUUUCGACGCCGUCAAAGCGGAUCGCACUCGGAGCUGGCUGUACGCCGCUUGCUCGCUCUCCUACCUGGGCGCUAUGGUUUCCAGCAACUCGGCUCUGCAGUUCGUCAGCUACCCGACUCAGGUCCUGGGCAAAUCUUGUAAGCCCAUUCCAGUCAUGCUUUUAGGAGUGACUUUGCUGCGGAAGAAGUAUCCACCGGCCAAGUAUCUCUGCGUCCUCUUGAUAGUCGCAGGCGUGGCCCUGUUUCUGUACAAGCCUAAAAAGGGGGCUGGGAGCGAUGACCACGUCUUUGGCUAUGGAGAACUCCUUCUGCUGCUGUCACUGACCCUGGAUGGGCUGACUGGUGUAUCGCAGGACCACAUGAGAGCUCACUACCAAACGGGUUCCAAUCACAUGAUGCUGAACGUUAAUCUAUGGUCCACCUUGUUCCUGGGGGCUGGGAUACUGUUCACUGGAGAGCUCUGGGAGUUCUUGAGUUUUACGGAACGCUACCCCAGCAUCAUUUACAACAUCCUGCUGUUUGGCCUGACAAGUGCGCUGGGUCAGAGUUUUAUUUUCAUGACUGUGGUAUACUUCGGACCUCUGACUUGUUCCAUCAUCACCACAACCCGCAAGUUCUUCACCAUUUUAGCGUCCGUCAUUCUAUUUGCCAAUCCCAUCAGUACAAUGCAGUGGGUGGGGACAGUCCUGGUGUUCUUGGGCCUUGGACUCGAUGCCAAAUUUGGAAAGGGAGUAAAGAAGACAUCGCAUUGAGGAAAUGGUUGAUCUCUGCAGUUGGAAUGAACUUUUAAUUUAUUGUCUUGUACCUCAAAAUCUGUUAUGAAACUGGACUCAGGAUAGGUAAUCAGAAGGGGAGUGUUUGGAUUUUUUUUUUUUAGUUUUUUAAUUCUAAAUUGUCUUAAAAGUGUAAUACUUUAGUUUUAACUGUAAUUGACCGCCUUUUUUUUUUUUUCUUUCUGUAAUCAAAGCUGCAUUACUAGAUCCUAGCAGCAGGAUGAAAUUCUUGCCUUAACAGGAAAAAAAACUUCAUAUCUUUAUUAGAGAAAAAGUGACAAUGGCCACUUUUCCAGAACUUUAAUUUCAGUAUUGUUGGCUGAUCUUGGGGAGAAACAGCACACCCCUCUCCAAGGAGAGGGCUAGUCUUAGAAUUAUGUUAGUUCUUUGGUGCAGCCUGGAAGGAUCCCUGGAUUAAAUGCCUGUGUUGAAGACAA